AUGCAUUUCAGCAAAGUGAACAAGUCAUAUCGUGGUCGUGCGUCACCGGUGUUAGUGCACUCAUGGGAUGGAGCCGGUCGAACAGGUGUCUUCUGUGCUGUUGAUCUCUUAUGUGGACGUCUUCUGAAAGGUGUUCGCCAACUGGACGUCGUCGCCUCCGUCGAACAUCUUCGUGAUCAGCGAGAU